AGCAACUGACUAGCUUAGCGAUAGUGAGCCUAUCCUGUGGCCCCCUCCCAGCCCCUGCACGUGGGUCGUGCGCCGCCAAGCAGCAGUUUCGUUGCCCAACCCGAGCCAGAUCGCCAGUUUUAGAAUGCACCAUCCCUGAGCGAGCCCACAAGCACCUGAGUGGCCCACAAGAAGGGUGCCCGCCCGGGCAUCGCACCCGCUCCGCGGCCCAUAUGUUGCCCGUGGGCUUCGCCGCCACGAUGCUCAAGCUCCCACGCACGGCCGGGCCGCAGCGGCAGCUGCCCAGCUACCAAACUGCCGUGCCCCUCGACCCAGCCGCCUCUGAGUCUCCGCGAGAGGUGCUGGGCGGCCUUCCGCUGCCCCAGGCGCGCUCUGCGUCAUCCAGGCUUGCCAACACGCAGUCCGAUCGCGCCGUGGAGCCCCAGGAUGGCCACGCCCAGGACGUCCUGCGCCUGCUCAACGCCGGCUGGUUUGGCCCGCUGAGCAAGUCCAAGGCGGCGCGGCUGUUCAGCCGGCCGGCCGCCGAGGCGGAGGCGGCGAUGCCCCCUCUCGCACGGCGUGGCCGGCAGCGGCAGCAGCAGCAGCCCGCGGCAUCGGGGGACCGCGGAUCUGAUGCCUCGCCCUCCACCUCCAGCCAGCGAUCCGGGAGCAGCACCCAGCUGGCCGGGGGCGGCAGUGGCAGCAGGGGCAACCACCCCGUGGCGAUGCCAAGUUGUCAGCAGCAGCAGCAGCAGGCGGCAAUCCAGGAGCUGCCAGGCAUUGGCACCUGGGCGGGGCGCUACCGGCUGUUUGGUGGGCGGAACCCUCCCGAGGAGCGGCAAGCGGUUGCGGUCGCGCAGCAGCAGCAAACAUCCCCACCUGUACGCAGCGGGGCAGGGCAGGCACAGCAAUGUGCGGCCGAGCAGCAGGAGCGUGGCGGCGGCGAUGGGGACAUGGAUGGCAGCCCUGUGGUGCUGCGGCCGGGCGGUUACGUGCAGCCGGCGGCCGCAGCGCAGCCAGGGGAGGGGCGGCUGCGAGGCAACUAUGGGUCGCCGGAGGCGCAGGAGGAUGCGUGGCGCUGGCGCUUCAGCAGGAAGUGGGCUACCGAACAGAAGCGGUAUUAUGAGCAGCCCGAGCAGCCCACCAGCCUGGUCAGCGAUGACCUCGAUGCGAUGGAGUUCACGCAGGCGUGCGGCACCGGGCUCAACCUGCAAGUCAUGCCCACCUCGGCCGCUCGGCGGCCCAUCAAGGCGGUGGCUGCCAGCACGGAUGAGGACGGCGCGCUGGGCCAUGAGAACAGCGCCUCUUCGCUGUCGCUGUGCCAGUUUGAUGUGGACCACUCCCAGAACACGAUGGGCCUGCUGUCAGCUGAGAUGUCGCCCGGCAACAGCGCGCACGGCGCCAUUGCGGCGGGGCGCCUGCUGCACCGCACCGGCAGCGGCGGCGGCGGCUGGCAACGGCCGCAGCACCAGCAUCAGCACCAGCAUCAGCACGGCCAGGCCGCCCCCUCCCCCCGCCUGCCCAGCGCCACCAAGAGCGUGCUGUCCAUGGCCAGCAAGGCGCAGGACCUGCUGCAGAAGCAGGGCGCCAUCGAGCAGGAGGUGCAGGACCGCUGGGAGCGGAGCUGCUCUGCCAGCGAUGCCUGGGCGGGGCGCAACCUGCGGGGCGUGCAGAUCGACAUGUGGGGGCGAUUCAAGUACUGCGUGCUGCGUGUCAGCGACGGCGCGGGGCGCACACGUUUCAUCGUGCGUGGCCGCAGCGGCGCCACGCCAGCGCAGCUGCUGGAGGCGGCCAACCAGGAGGCGGCAGGGGCCAGCCGGUCGGGCGCUCUGCCCGCUGUGAUGGUGGAGGUCGUGGGGGCAGGCGUCAUGGAGUGGCGAGAGGACACCGAGCGCGAGCUGCACCUCAUGCCAAGCAUCCUGCCACCGGGCGGCGUUGGGCUGGAUGCAACACGUACUGCCGGCGGCCCCGACUCCCCCACCAAGUCCGCCUACCUAGGGGACAUGAGUGGGCUCACAGCAUCACUUGUGCGCCAGGCGCUGCCUUGCCACUUCCGCAUCACCACCUCGGGCUCCGCCUCCCGUGCCAACGGCAUGGCUGCUGUGGCCAACCGGGUAUGA